UCGCUUCCUCGUGAUUUGUGCGGAGUCUGUGGCAAGGCAACGCGCGCGCUAGGGGCGCGACAUGGACUUACUGAGGAGGAAUGGAAUCAUUAUCGCGUUAUUGUCGACAAUUUUUACCUCAUCGUAGAUGUUUUUGGCGGUCCCAUCCGAUCACGAGAGCUGUUUGUGGAAAAAGAGCGGGAAAAAGUGCAGCGCGCGCUCUUCAACGUCUUCAGGAAAAACAAAGAUGAAAUAAGAUAGAAAAGAUUGCUUGUUGUUUAAUUCAAGCAUUAAGACGGAAUAAAGGGGAUUUUUAUAUCCUUCUAAAAGACACUUUAAGUAGAAAAUAACAUUAUGUGUCAAAUAACGGGAAAAUAUAGUAUUUUCUUGCUAUAGCGAUAAGGGGACGUAGCCUAAGCCUAUCUGCCUUUUAAAGAAAAUAUGUUUUAUGUAUAUUUCAAACGUUCAUUGGCUAUAGAUUAAAUCUAACUUUGUUAAACGUCAAGCUAGUAAAGUAACAAGCACUAUAGCUGUCCACAGUAGCCUAUUACUGUAGAGUAAAUCAUCGUAGUAUUAAUCUAGUACGCACAGAUUUGAUCUGAAGCAGAUCAGCCUCAUUAGGACUGCGGGCAUCAAACAUCCCACAGCGAAUAGACGAGAUCUGCCUUACAAAAAAGUGCAAAAAAUCUCCCUCAUAUGGUCGCUAAAUGUCUUUAUUUGCAUUUACCCCGCUGUGUCCUUCACUGAAGCAUAAAUUAAUGUGAUUCACGGGACGAGAGAUUUUGCGCAGCGACCCAAAGGAUGAGCUGGAUGCUUCAUCCGCAUCAUGGAAAAAGCAGGAGAACACACUGCUGCAUCCCUGCAUUAAAACCAAGGAGUCUUGGAAUUUCAUCGGCUGAGGAUUUUAGCCUGCAACUGAACACUUUAUAGGUGGAUUUAUGUGGAUAAACAAUCCAUGGGAUGGAGACGGGGAUGGACGUAGAACUACUUUAAUGAGCACGAGGAAGACUGGAGCGUCCGAAAGCAGGAGCGCGAGAGGAUUCGUGUCAUUGAAACAAUGGCAAAUGGAUAAAUUAAGCUGGAGGUCUUGGAGUGUCCUCGAGAAGCAGGUCUAGAGGAUCCAUGUCAUUGGAUUGGUCCACUGCGCCGGUGGUGCUGAAAUCUGGAUGAUGCCGGCGCUGCGACUGCAGGGCUGCCGCUCCCUUCACAUUAACGAAGACAAUGGGCGCUUUCUGCUGCUCGCCGUGCUCAUCAUCGUGUACCUGCUGUGCGGCGCUGCGGUCUUUUCCGCCAUCGAGAGCCCGUCCGAGCUGCGAGCGCACGGGCGCUGGAACCGGACCCUCCUGAACUUUAGCGACACGUUCAAUAUCAGUUUGCAGGAUCUGAGCUCCUUCCUGAAAGAGUACGAGGCUGCGAUUGCUGCUGGAGUUCGGGUCGAUGCUCUUCGACCCAGAUGGGAUUUUACUGGGGCGUUUUAUUUUGUUGGGACAGUGGUGUCCACUAUAGGAUUCGGGAUGACCACCCCUGUGACUGUAGCUGGAAAGAUCUUCUUGAUAUUCUACGGUCUGUUAGGUUGUGCGGCCACCAUCCUGUUCUUCAACCUCUUUCUGGAGCGCAUCAUUACCCUGCUGGCUGUGGUGAUGAAGGCUGUGCGUCUGCGGCGUUUGCGGACCAGCGGCCUCCUCCCGCCGGGAAUCUGCCAGGACUUCGCGGCCAGUACGCUGCCUGGUUGGAAGCCCUCGGUGUACCACGUAAUGCUCAUUCUGGGUUUAUCGGCCAUCGUGAUCUCCUGCUGCGCGUCGGCUAUGUACACUCCAGUAGAGGGUUGGGCGUACUUGGACUCGCUCUAUUUUUGCUUCGUCACCUUCAGCACGAUUGGUUUCGGGGAUUUGGUGAGCAGUCAGAGUGCUGCGUACGGCUACCAAGGUCUUUACCGGUUGGCCAACUUUCUCUUCAUCUUGGCUGGAGUGUGUUGCAUCUACUCUCUCUUCAACGUCAUCUCCAUCGUUAUCAAGCAGGUCCUCAACUGGAUGUUGGGGAAAAUGAGUUGCUUGUGCUGCCAGCGCUGCAACAAAGCGAACGCUUUCUUGGGACGCCGCAACGCCAUCAGGCCCGGAUCGCGCCUCCGACGGGGACGCUUCGGGCAAACGCCGGACUCAGACGGGCCUUGCGAUAGUGACACAGAGGGCCGCAGGCUCUCAGGUGAGAUGAUCUCCAUGCGGGACCUGACGGGAUCCAAUAAAAUCUCACUGGCCAUUAUGCAGAAACAGCUGUCGGAGUCAGCAAACGGAUAUCCCAGAACGGUGUGCGGAAGCUCGCGGCAAAAUGGCUUUUCCGGUGGAGUCGGUGCUCUUGGCAUAAUGAACAACCGAUUAGCAGAAACCAGUGACUCUAGGUAGAGGUAACCUUUGACUAACCAGGGUAAGCAUCUCAAAAACGGAGUAAAACCUCUCCAAAUCUCUCUGGAAGUAACACGGUUUGGAUUUACGAUGAUUUAGUUUAAAUUUGCCGACCGUCUUGAGCUUGUGUAGAACAGCAUGACAUGCAUGAACUGUGUAGGAUGUCCAUUAGGAUUUUUGGACUAAGAACGCAUACUAGAAAGUAAUGGUGUGUUCAAAUCAUGUUAGAAAGAUCGUAUUUACGAGUUAAACGUCGUGAGAAAACAUGUCGGACGCAAUGGAUGCAACGUCUGUAUUAAAGUGGAUUUGUUAAAAUUAAUGACAUUUCUCUCACAAUAAAAAUAAGUUGCAUGUACAAAAUACCUUAUACCAAUAGUAUUGUACAAUUACUAUAGGACAUAUAAUAAAUCAGUUUACUACACCUUAAAGGGGACCUAUCAUGAAAAUUGGACUUUUUCCUUGUUUAAAUGCUAUAAUCGGGUCCCCGGUGCAUCUACCAACCCAGAAAACGUGAAAAAGGACAACCCAGUAACUGUUUUGGCAAGCCUUUCUCUGCAAGCAUGGGAAAAACGAGCUGCUCAGAUUUUGCUCUCCUUGUGACGUAGGAAGGGGAUCUUAUUAUAAUAUUACCGCCCCUUAAUCUGCACGUUUCCACCCACGGCGCCGCCAUUUUGUUUUUGCAAGCGACAACGGUGUACCAGUUCUAAUGCCAUUGCAAAAGUUCGAGUAAAGCAUGAUAACUGUUCUGUCGUUGGCUGCACAGACGAGCAGAAUUUUAUUAGCUUGGAUAGCCUGCAAGUUGACCCUGGCAAGCUCGAUUUCUAAAAAAGGAGCGUUUCUGUCUGAGCGAUAUUUUGGGAAAAAUAUUAGACCAUUCACAGCAUUUGAUAGCAAUCAUAAACCUUAGCCUGGUGUGCGUCCAUAUAGGUUUUGCACAAAAGAUUAACAUGACGGCACAUGCUAGUGGAUGAGUUGAAUCAACUCCACAGCAACUACAUAAAUUUAUCCACUAACCAUUCAGAAACAUCUAAAAGUUGUAACUUCUUCCUGAGUCUCUCCAUCAGUGUCGACUCCGGUUUGAACAAUGUAAGGCUGAACACCGUUACUGACAAUCCUCAUUUUGGCUGCGUGAGAUUCUCCAGCUUUGUUGUUGUUGAGCUGUUAAAGCUCCGCCCUCUUCUGGAAAGGGGGCCGGGAGCAGCAGCUCAUUUGCAUUUAAAGGGACACACACAAAAACGGCAUGUUUUUGCUCACACCCAAAUAGCUAUAACAAGCUAUAACAAAUGAUCUGUGGGGUAUUUUGAGCUGAAACUUCACAGACACAUUCUGGGGACACCAGAGACUUAUAUUACAUCUUUAAUAAAUUGAAUAAAAACAUAAAAAGUAAAAACACACCCAAAGCACAUUCUUUAUUUAUCAUUUUGUAGAUGUACAGUUAAAAAAUAUUGUUACAUUUUAUGCAGAAAAGGCCAUCUUGCUCCGACUAAAGUUUUUUGAACGCACCUGACAUCGUAAUUACAACUUCCCAACUCGUAAAUACGACUUUCCCCGGAGGACUUGCACGCACCAUAAGUGACUUUGCAUAUUUAAGUAAUCAACCCCAACAAACCCUGAUUAUCAUGUUUUGUAGAAUUCUAGACAGUACUGUACUACAUUAACUAAACCUGAACAAACUCUCUGAAGUUAGGUUUGACUAUUCUACCAGUGGCUAUUUAUAGGAGCUAAGUUGAGCUUUUCAAAUCUCAAAUAAGUAGAAGUAGCAUUCUUUUUACUCCAUUUGGAUAGCACACUCGAUUUACAACUAUGCAUCAUCUCCAUUGCAAACAUAUUAGUUUUUACUUAGUCACGGGCUGCAACCCACUAAAAGUAUGUACUUCACUGCUCAAUGGAAAGUGUGUAGUAAGACGUCUCAACGUAUCAAAAUAACACAGGCUCACUUGUUAUGUACAGUUUGUUCAUGCACCAGUUUUAUCUAAAAUACUAUUGAGGAUGGCCUAGUAUUAGUCAAAGGGAAAUGUAGAGCAAAAGCUAUAACUUCUAUAGUUGCAAAUGACGACUUUACAGUAUUCAGAUUAGGGGUUUGGAGGUUGUGAAUUUGUACUGUAUAAGCGAGUGCAUUUACUGUACCCCUUCAAAUCUGUGUUCCUGUCAAUAGGGAUCUCAUGCCACUGUUUGAAAAAUUCAGCUGAGGGUUUUAACAUGAUGAGAUGCACCAUUGAGCUGAGCAGAGGAACUUCAAAGCCAAACUUUGUUGUUCCCUAAAGAGGAGAGAGGAGGAGCUGAAGAGAUGGAGUGAGACAGAGUGAAGGAGAAUAAAGUGAAGAAGCCCUGAGAGACAGUAUGAGCCAUCUAUCAGCGCAGAACUAGACUUCCAGCGGAGCUCAGAGCAAUCAUCUGCCCGACCAAACGUUAGUGCCCUCAACCCCUCCUCUAUCAUCUUAUUAACGCCGUCUGUAAGAGUAAGGAAAAGUCCGCUUAGAUGGUGUUUGCUACACCUGCCCUUGACAUAUAAUUUGGAAGGAUGCAUAACGCCAUGCCUGGUUUUCAACAGAGGAAGCUCUAUUCUUAUAGAACAAUGAAUGUGUUUGCAUGCACAAUCCUACACUGAUUGUGCCUUAAAAAAACAGACAAUGUGAGCUUAAUGAGAUUUUCAUGAAAUGUACAGGAGAUUCUGAAAUUAUUUUCUUCAUUCUUGGCAUCAAAAUGUAAACAAGACAUGCACAAACUAAGUAAAGCAACAAAAUGCUGGUAUGUGUGUUUACAUGUAAAGGGAAUGGGUGUAAUUGGUAUAAAUCAGUUUUGCUUUAACCAUCUGCAACCUUUCCAGUUAAUAGAAUACGUUAAGUUGUGGUCCUCUUCGGUCCAAAACUGCAGAAAAAGUUUACGUUUUGAAAUGUAAAUUUUUUUUGCUUCAUUGGAAUGGGAUGAAAUUUGGUGGCUUUUGUCGCAUUAGCUUUGUGAACGCACAAAAAAAUCAUGGACAUGAUUUGGAUAUGUUAAAGGGUCGAAAAUAAAAAUAGUCGCACUUGGCUUCCUUCUGACAUAGGAAAUUAACUGUAACAAUAUGGUAAAAUUGAGCCAAAAGACUCAAAUAAGAGACUAAAAUCAGAUCAGAUCUAGAUUUAUUAAGCUGUGAUAAAACAUACUUGUUCAUUUUUGUUAUAUUUUUAUUGUAUUUUGAUGUUAUGUGUACAUCUGCGUUCAGGUUUGAGUGUAGUAGAAUUAAUGCAAAAACUGACACUUCAAAUCAACAUUUCAAACAAACUUUGACAAAAAGUAGUCUUUUAGAAUGUCUAAGUAUAAAUCCAAAUCCACAAUUUAAUAAAAAUAAGUAUUUAUGUCUAAAAACCACUAGAGAAUUUAUAAGCCACUUUAUAUAGAACUAUAUAGGAAUCUAGUGGUUACACUACAUGGCAUUACAUUCUUUUUUUACUCCCACCAGAUGGUACUAUCUUCCUUCAGAAAAUUGGAUUUUAAAUGCCUUGUCUCUAUUUUAACAUGGAAUACUGCUUUAAUUGAAAAAUAAUUUUAAAAAAUAUGUAUUAGAAAAAAUUGUGUAUUAUUUUCAAUGGGGAAAAAUAGCUAGUAAAAAUUAUAUAAAUAUAGCAUAGUAUCAUGAAAUACCCUCAAAAUUUUAAAUAAUGAUCAAAAAAUAUUAUUGAACAAAAAUAUAUUACAUUGGUUUUCCUGAAAAACAAAACAGUUACAUUUCAAGGCUUCUUCACUUUUGACCGCGAAGAAGCCAAGUGUGACCCCUAAACGAAGAGGACAUGACCUUAGAUCAUGCAUGUAAAUGCACUCAUUAACAAACUUAUUCCGAUUUGCUUUGCAUUUUAAUGGUGCAUCAGUUAAAUGAGACUUUCACACUGAGUGUUGGCAGUUUAAUGAUUUGCACAAACUCCUAAAACAUUUUUUUUAAUAAGCAGAUUAUUGAUAAUUAUCAAUAUUUUGUUGUGCAUGUAAACACAAGCUCAUUUGCCUUCAUAAUGUGUAUUUUUGAGACAUUCAGAGCAUUACUGCUCUGUUGCAUACAGUUUAACUCUAAUUAACUUUGUUGCAUUGCAAACAAAGUCGCUCAUGCUGCUGCAAAUCACCAACUCUCAUUGAAAAUGAAUGACUUCCGGUUGCUUUCUUGCUGCAAAUCUGCCAGUGCCAACUCCCCCGUUCCCCAAAUGAUAAAUCAAACUGCUUUAAUAAAACAAGCACAUGAAAGGAAUAUAAAAGACCCGGUUGAUGAAUUGCAAUAGAUGCUAAAUGAGCUGUCAUGCAGCAAUGGUGUAUGUAGCAGACAGAAACAUAUGCUAGUGAAGAGUUGAUGAGGGAGAAAGACAGGAGAAGAGAGGGAAACAGUCCCUCAGGUUUGAUCAGGCAUCAGCACAGAUGUAGUUUCCAUUAACUAGCUCUCUCCAGGUGAUCUAUACCAUCUCUGCUCAGCUGUCUCAUGUCUGCAUUCACAACUCUCAAACGCACAAAAAUUCACACUCCAGCACAGUUCACUCUCUCUACCUAUACUCUUAUCAUGAAUCUACCUGUAUGUAACUCAAACGUCAAUGUAAAUAGCGCAGUGCGGUCAAGCAGAACAAUUUCUGAUUCUUUUUGCACAUUGCAAAGGGAAACUGUGAGGAAUGACUGACGAUUGCGGCUCUUGCUUAUAAUAACCUCAGGUAGUUCAAUCUUCUGAUGUAGUUUUUUUGCAUGCUACUAUGGUAAAGCCAUACGAGAGCCACUUGUAUCUCUUAUAGGUCUAUUUUUAUAUACAAAUAUGUAUCUGGCAGUGUCGGUGUACUUGGUAGGAACAAAUGACUUGAUUAAAUGUGCUUGAAAUGUGAUGAAGACAAGGGGUGGGCGGUAUGAACAAAAUUAUACAUCAUAUUACGAGUGAGUUUAUGUAGCGGUGUAUAUCAUGAAAGUCAACUAAAAUUGUUUCAAAAUUGUUUUACUUGCAUUACAGGUUUUGUUUUCUCUCAUAUAAAAUCCAGCUUAAACUGGUGACUGGAUUCUAGCUCAUCUAACGUGGUCAUUAGCUGGUCCAAAACUAUCUUACAUCAGCAAUAAACCAGUUACCAGCUAGUCACGCCAUUUUAAGGUGGUCAAACUGGUUUUUUGAAACAUGAUAAGCAUAAUGUAUACUAUAGAAGCUUGUUUACACCACUAAAUAAAAAAUAAAAAAGGUAAUUAAGACGCAAUUCUGACUUUAUAUCUCACAGUUCUGACUUUGUAUCUCAUAAUUCUGACUUUAUAUCUCAUAAUUCUGACUAUGAGACACAAUUCUGACUUUAUAUCUCAUAAUUCUGACUAUAAGACACAAUUCUGACUUUAUCUCACAAUUCUGACUUUAUAUCUCAUAAUUCUGACUAUAAGACGCAAUUCUGGCUUUAUAUCUCACAAUUCUGAUUUUAUAUCUCAUAAUUCUGACUAUGAGAAAAAAGGUAAUUUUUAUCUCACAAUUCAGAUUUUUUUCUCAGAAUUGUGAGAUAUAAAGUCAGAAUUGCAUCUUAUAGUCAGAAUUAUGAGAUAUAAAGUCAGAAUUGUGAGAUAUAAAGUCAGAAUUGCGUCUUAUAGUCAGAAUUAUGAGAUAUAAAGUCAGAAUUGCGUGAUAUAAAGUCAGAAUUGUAUGAUAUAAAGUCACAAUUCUGACUUUAUAUCUCAUAAUUCUGACUAUAAGAUGCAAUUCUGGCUUUAUAUCAUGCAAUUCUGACUCUAUAUCACGCAAUUCUGACUUUAUAUCUCAUAAUUCUGACUAUAAGAUGCAAUUCUGGCUUUAUAUCUCACAAUUCUAACUUUAUAUCUCAUAAUUCUGACUAUAAGACACAAUUCUGACUUUAUAUCAUGCAAUUCUGACUUUAUAUCUCAUAAUUCUGACUAUAAGACGCAAUUCUGACUUUAUAUCUCACAAUUCUGAGAAAAAAAUCUGAAUUGUGAGAUAAAAAUUACCUUUUUAAUUUUUUUAUUUAGUGGCGUAAACAAGCUUCUAUAGUAUACUGUAUAUAGUAUUAUAUAUAUAUACUACUAUAGUUUUUAUUACAAUUAUUAAUUAUCUUUUAUUUUAUAUUUGAAGUUUUCAUUUUAAUUAGUUUAAUUUUUAGUCAUUUUGUAACAAAAAUGUUUUUUUUUUAAAUUGUUUUAGUUUUAGUUAACAAUAAUAAAGCUUGUACAGUCAUACCGCCGACCCCUAAUGAAGACCUACAAAUUUCACAUCAGAUUUGUAGAAAACUGCUCGUGACAUAAUGAACUGAACAUAUCAUUGCGCAUGAGUGAUGUACAUUAAGAGAGAGUUUGAGAUGCGAUCAAUGCAAUGGAAAUGCAACUCGAAACAAGUCUUGGUUUGAGCUUGUGAAGGAACGAUUCUCCACAAACCUUGAAAUAUUUAAAAUAAAUGUAUUUAAGACUCUUAAAAUGCAUGCAUGGCUCGAUAUCAACUGCCUUAUUUUGUUCCUCAACCAUGUAACUAUAAUGUAGAUCUGACUUACUCUGUACAGUAAAUCUUUUGCAUUUUGCAAAAUGUAUCUCCAUUGAUUGCAAUGGAUCUAACUGAACUGAAGUCCUCCAUUUUCCCCAGGAUUGGGAGAUCUGGGAAUUUCACAGUUGUAUUUAUGUAUCUAUCUAUCUAUUUAUUUUUUAUUUAUUUAUUUAUUUAUUUAUUUUGUAGCCUAUAAAAUGGACUAAAUUAACCUAUCCAUCAUGUUUCGCCUUUGUGUUUUUAACAGCAAUAUAAAGUCCAAGUAUCAGUUCUCACAAAGCUUUCUUUACAGUGGUGUGUACGGUGGAAACCAGGUUUAGAUUACAACUGAUUUCUGCUGAAAAUGGUAUAGGUAAAUGCGUGAAAAAGACAUCACCUACAUUAGAGAAUGACGUGAAAUUUAUAGUGAAAGGGACUUUCUGUAAAUGGUUUCUGUAUGUGUUUAUACUGAAUUUCUUCACUUCACAAUGAUUGUUAUUGAAAGUUAUUUUGCACAUGCUCAGUAGAGUUUUAGCCAUCCAGUAUUUUUAUUUGCUGUCUCAAGGUAUGAUGAUUUUGUAUUUAACUAAGUUGUGGGGUACAGAAGUUAACAUGAAUUUGUUAUUAAAUUGUCAAUUAAUUGUUGCAAAAAGGGUUUAAUUUAUUACAGAUAAUUAUAACAACGGUUCCAUUCCUUUUUUACUUUAUUUGUGACAGCUAGAACAAUUAGUUAAGGUUAAGUAUUCAGUAAUAUUAAACAAUAUGGCAAUUAAGUCGUAUCAUUCACAUAUUGAAUUUACUGUAGUAUUAUUUUAGUCUUUAAGCAACUCUUACUGUUGGAAUAUUAAUGUUUCUUAUACCAGAAAGAUGGCAGGUAGAUUAAUAAAGUACAAAAUUUUAGUUAUUCAUUCUGUAGAAGCACUGAGAUUGCAAAUUCAGACAGUAUUUUGCAGUGUACAAUGAAAAGAUGGAACUGCAUAUCAGAUUUUAUAAUUGUGAUGAUGAGUGUGACUCAGACUGUUUAACUGUUGACAUGAAUUUUCAUCAUCAUUUUAUUUUAAGAAAGAUCCCUUAUCAGUAUGCAAGAAGAGCAGAGCAGAAUAGGUGUUCGCCUACUCGAUCUAUCUCUUCUGUUCUCUUUAUUUCUCUUUCUUUCCUGUGUUUUUGCACAAACUUGCAUGUAAGGUAACUUGUAAUCUGAUUAGAUUCAUAUAUAAUUCAAUAGUUGAAAUUUACACUGAAGGUUAAAGUCAACAUGAAAUGGCAUUCAAAACAUAUUUACUUUCAUAAUUUCUUGACAUUUGUAAAUGAAACACAAAACAGGUUGAUCUUGAUUUUAUCUAUUGGGAAUUUAUUAGAUGGUGAAAAUGUCUUGAUCAUGACAGAGUGAAAAAUAAAACAAAGCAAAUUAUCACAUUUUGAUGUUUUUGUGGAAGAUAUAUAUUAUUUUUUACUGGAAUAACAUGCACUUAUGAAUCAUUCACAAUAGGAACAUUUGUUAAUUGUACAUAGGGAUAUAUAUAUAUAUAUUUUAGAGAUGCACUGAUAGUAAAUUUGUCCACCGAUACUGAUAGCUGAUUAUUCAGAGUGAUAUCUGCCGAUGCUGUUAAAGAAACCGAUACCGAUUAUUGGCCGAUAUAUCGGUACAUCUCUAAUAUAUAUAUUAUUGGCCGAUAUAUCGGUGCAUCUCUAAUACAUAUAUUAUUGGCCGAUAUAUCAGAGCAUCUCUAAUACAUAUAUUAUUGGCAUAUAUAUCGGUGCAUGUCUAACAUAUAUUAUUGGCCGAUAUAUCGGUGCAUUUCUAACAUAUAUUAUUGGCCGAUAUAUCGGUGCUUCUCUAAUAUAUAUAUUAUUGGCCGAUAUAUCGGUGCAUCUCUAAUACAUAUAUUAUUGGCCGAUAUAUCGGUGCAUUUCUAACAUAUAUUAUUGGCCAAUAUAUCAGAGCAUCUCUAAUAUAUAUAUUAUUGGCCGAUAUAUCGGUGCAUGUCUAACAUAUAUUAUUGGCCGAUAUAUCGGUGCAUUUCUAACAUAUAUUAUUGGCCGAUAUAUCGGUGCAUCUCUAAUAUAUAUAUUAUUGGCCGAUAUAUCGGUGCAUCUCUAAAACAUAUAUUAUUGGCCGAUAUAUCGGUGCAUUUCUAAUAUAUAUUAUUGGCCGAUAUAUCGGUGCAUCUCUAAUAUAUAUAUUAUUGGCCGAUAUAUAUCGGUGCAUCUCUAACAUAUAUUAUUGGCCGAUAUAUCGGUGCAUAUCUAAUAUAUAUAUUAUUGGCCGAUAUAUCGGUGCAUCUCUAAAACAUAUAUUAUUGGCCGAUAUAUCGGUGCAUUUCUAAUAUAUAUUAUUGGCCGAUAUAUCGGUGCAUCUCUAAUAUAUAUAUUAUUGGCCGAUAUAUAUCGGUGCAUCUCUAACAUAUAUUAUUGGCCAAUAUAUCGGUGCAUAUCUAAUAUAUAUAUUAUUGGCCGAUAUAUCGGUGCAUCUCUAACAUAUAUUAUUGGCCGAUAUAUCAGUGCAUAUCUAAUAUAUAUAUUAUUGGCCGAUAUAUCGGUGCAUCCCUAACAUAUAUAUAUAUAUAUAUAUAUAUAUAUAUAUUAGAGAUGCACCUAUUUCAUGUUGACUUUAAAUCAAAUUCUAGUAUAGUUGUAGUUCAAGAAUUGGUUGAGGAAACAAUCUUUUUACUGCAAAAAUCAUAAGGUGGUUAGUUUAGUCAUUUGUGUGGUUUGAAGAAUUCCAGUGGUUUAUUGUUAUGCUUUUCAGUAAUCUAGACCUGGUUUACCUGAUUAUCAGUCCUCAUAAGUCUUCAUUUGAGUCUUAGACCUGUUCCAUGUUGCCUGCAUCGUGGUGUACCAUUGAUUUACUGUAUGCAAAUUACUUCUGGUUGCAAGUUGCACAUUUAUAACGAUGAUUGUACUUUUAUAAUUAUUUUAAAAAGAUGAUAUCUAAUGAGUCAUGCAUAUACAAAAUUAAAAUCUAU